UGCACACAUGUCAUUUUGCUAUAGCCCCAGCUGAAGAUAGUUGUUUGUGUUUACAAAUUGGUGAAUUGCAAUGGAAAGUCUGGUAAUCUUUUACGUUUUUCUGUCCUGCCUGGUUGGUUCCACUGGUGCACAUAAAUGUACCGGAGACAAGUGCCGAGAUGGGAUAGCAAUGCCACUACUUGAUAAAAUGGGAGCCACAUUGAAAGCACACUUAGACGUCACUAAUAUGAACAACCAUCUAAAAGCAUAUAUUCAGCAGGAAAUCCAGGAAGGUGUUGAAUUUGUUAUGAGGAAUAAAAUGAAGAAACUUGUGAAUGCGGGUCUUGAACGGAUCAGCACUACAAUCGAAGCGAGAGUGAAAACUGGUACCUCCUAUAUCCAAUGGGGAAAGACGAAAUGCACAAAUGAAAACACAGAAAUGGUUUAUACCGGCUUUGUUGGUGGAUCUUCAUAUACGGGUGGUGGCGCUCCAAACAAGCUCUGUGUUCCGAAUGAACCACAGUGGGGUAUUUAUGACGGUAAAGCUAACAGCAGUCCUUUCAUCGGUGCUACUUUGUUCGAUAACUGGGACAUUAACAUCAAGAAUACACUUUUUGAUAAAAAAUACACGUAUUAUGUAAUUCAGUGUGCUGUUUGUCAUGUGACCAAAGCAACGUCAACGAUCAUGAUACCGGGGAGGAAAACAUGCUACGAAAAUUGGAAAAUGGAAUACCAUGGUUACCUGAUGGCUGGUUACCCUAGUCAUAAAGCUGCUUCGGAAUAUACCUGUGUUGACGAAAACCCUGAUCAUAUCAAAAGAGUACCUAGCUGGGCCGACAAAUCUCUUUUGUACUCGGUUUAUUCAAGAUGUAACGGAGCCACCCCUUGUCCACCCUACGUCAAUGGCAGAGAAAUGACGUGUGUAGUUUGUUCUAGAUAAAUACGGUCAGAUCUGAAAUACUUUCUGGUGUCAAAUUGUGUAACAAUUUUAAAGUUUAUAAGCCACUAGAAACAUACUUUGAAAUACAUAAUUUAUUUUUUAAUAUGCACUGGAAAUCUGUAUCACGAAUAUAUA